CAUUCUUUCUCUCACCCUCUCUGUCUCUCUCUCUCUCGUUCACGCGCGCUCAUCUCCAUCAUCCUCUCGCUACUGAGAAAAAACCCGCCAGCGCGAAACAGAUGGGAAGGCAUCCGCGGAAUUUGCGACCGUUACCGUGCAGAGAAUAAGCGUCAAAACUUAACGGACACCGACAAGAAGUUCAGUUCGUCCAGAAGACUUCUGGACGGAGAACUUGAGGACAUUCACGUCUAUUUACGACUGUAAAAGGCAGGGUGGGCCAUGCCAUUCGGCUGUUUAAAUCCUGGCGAGAAGAAGGACUACAACAGUCCUACAGAAAUCACAGACAAAUAUGAUCUGGGGCAGAUUGUUAAAUCGGAGGAGUUCUGUGAGAUCUUCAGGGCGAAGGAUAAAAACACUCUGAAAAUGUACACCUGCAAAAAAUUCCUGAAGAAAGAUGGAAGAAAAGUGCGGAAGGCUGCCAAAAAUGAGAUUGUCAUCCUAAAGAUGGUAAAACACCCCAACAUCCUCCAGCUGGUCGAUGUCUACGAGACCCGGAAAGAGUACUACCUCUUCCUUGAGCUAGCCACAGGUCGGGAGGUGUUUGACUGGAUCCUGGAUCAAGGCUAUUAUUCUGAGAGGGACACCAGCAAUGUUAUCAGACAAGUGAUGGAGGCAGUUGCUUACCUGCACAGCCUGAAGAUCGUUCACAGGAACCUAAAGCUUGAGAAUCUGGUGUACUACAACCGACUGAAACAUUCAAAAAUAGUCAUCAGUGAUUUCCAUCUGGCAAAACUGGAGAAUGGACUCAUCAAGGAGCCCUGUGGAACCCCAGAGUAUCUGGCCCCAGAGGUUGUUGGGAGACAGAGAUAUGGCCGACCGGUGGACUGCUGGGCCCUUGGUGUGAUCAUGUACAUACUACUCUCUGGAAAUCCUCCAUUCUACGAUGAAGCAGAUGAUGAUGACUAUGAAAACCAUGACAAGAACCUCUUCCGGAAGAUUCUUGCUGGAGAUUAUGAGUUUGACUCACCAUACUGGGAUGAUAUUUCAGACUCUGCUAAAAACUUAGUCUCACGUCUUAUGGAGGUGGACCAGGACCAGAGAUUGACUGCGCAAGAAGCCAUCAACCAUGAAUGGAUAUCUGGAAAUGCUGCUUCCGACAAGAACAUCAAGGAAAAUGUGUGCGCACAAAUCGAGAAAAACUUUGCAAAAGCUAAGUGGAAGAAAGCCGUACGGGUCACGACCAUGAUGAAGCGCCUCAGGGCACCAGAGCAUCAAACAGCGGCACCAGCAGCAGCAGCAGCUGUACCAGAUGCGGCCAACCCUGCAGCAGGGGCUCAGGAAAACCCUCAGGCUCCGUCAGAGGCCUCCACAGCCCAAUCGAGUACUGCUGAAAGCAACUCUGCGAGCACAGAAGUCCCUGUUGUGGAAGCUGCUAACGCAGAAGCAGUGGCCGCUGCCGCCCCGCCACCAGCUGAACCUGUUCUCCACGUUCCAGCGCCUGAACAGCCCAAUCCCACAUCGCGAUGCAACGGAGAAGCUUUAGACUCCCUGCCACCAGACACAGGGGAGGAACAGAGCGGUUAAUCUCGCUACCUCUCCCACCUGCGUUUAGAUCCCACACACGUGUACAUAAGCAGCAAGCAUGCUAAUACUGAUUCCGCGGCACAUAGCAUUAAUCUCAACACGCUCUUCCACGAGCCAACUUCUAAAGGCCAAUUCACACUGCACCGAGACACGCCGACAGACACUUCAUCUGGUUUUUGUCAAAUCAGUGUGUUACGGAGUUGGUUGGCUCUCAUUUUUGCUGAUUGAACAUGUUGAAUCUGCUUUUGAUGGGUGGUGGAAUGUCUGAGAAGUGACAUACUGUAAUAUGGUGGUUGUCCGCGUUGGUCGCUGUCUGUCGGUGCAGUGUGAAUUGGUCAUAAAACAUUUCCCAGCAAGCAUUCUAUUGUUUUCUAUUGAAUCACAAAGCUGUGUGAUGCAUAUCGAAGUCUCUGGCCACUUUAACUUUACGUAAAAGAAGAAAAAAUCUGUUUUCUGCUUACAUUAAGCCAAGAUUGGAAACUUUAGCAUUGAUCUGCAUAUAUGAUUUAGGAUAGAUUAUCAUUGUAGGCCUCAUUUUAUAGCUACUUUCUUAUUUUAUUGCAUUGCAAUUUGUUGACACCUGUCUUGAACUAGUCAGAGGACCACAGAGACACAGCUUCAUGUGCAAUGUAAAGUUUCUGUACAUAGCUUACUUACUUCUGUAGAUUAGACGUAGCCAAGAACAGCAUGCUUUUUCAAAUCUGCUGUUUAUGACACACAUGUCCAGGUAACUGACACGUUCAGCUUCAGCUUUACAUGGACAUUUCAUGUCUCGAUCGAACACGCACUCAUGAAACGUUAAGAAGAUUUAUAUAAAAAAUACUUCUACAGCAACUAAGGCGGCUAAAUUCAUCUCGUAAUGGUGUUUUAGUGGUUGAGACGUGUGGCCCAAUAAAUGGAGCAGAGUAGGUAACCAUAACUAAUACCUCACAUCUGCUUGGUAGCUAGCCACAUGAACAGUGGAAAAUGUGAUUUGUUCUUAUAAUGUAUUAUAUACUCAUUUGAAUACAUUUUACAUGUUUUGAAUAAUAUACCUUUCUGUUUUUAAAAGAAUACAGCCACACACAGUGAUCUUUGUUUUUAACAGGAUUUUAUUUGAGGCAUAAAUGUACAAGUUACAGUGGCCAUUUUAUGCCUACUUUGAGACCCUUUCAUUGGGCUGAAUAUUUACUCAUAAUCUUUAUGUAUUUUUUCUUGAACCCAGAUCUUUUUUUUUUUUUUUUUUAAUUGCAAGUAUAUAAUAGAUAUUUAGAGCCUGAUGCUAAGGCCUGGUAUUAAGAAGCAUUUUUGCCAAUCCGAUCACAAGUGGACUAUGCUAAAUAAAGGUGUAAACGGGGUCUAAAAGGUUUUGAGCUUGUCCACUUUCGACCACUUCCAGAGGUAGUCAAAAACACAUUCAAACGGUGUAGUUUAGACACUCAUGUGGUUGAAUGCAAUCAAACAACCAAAAAAAAAAAAAAAAGCCUACUCUCCACCUACUGACCUAGCACGUAUGGGAAACGCUCUAGCCAGAUAGGAUUUAAACUUUGUCGACUGAAUUCAAAUGUUUCUAACACACAGUGUUCAGCGUGGUCUUGCGGCUAUCCGAGCAGGAACAAAAGCUGCUGUUCUCCUUAUGUUUUUUCAUCGUCUCCUUUCGCAUUUAUAUGUAAAUUGCACAAGCUUAUUUCGUCCAUUACAUCAAAAGAUCUGAAAAAGCCCAUGCAUUUUACCCACCCAUAGACCCUCCCUUCGAAGAAAUCAGGACAGAAGUGGUCGAAAGUGGACAAAAGAGACAGAUUAAAGUCCUCGUGAACCAGAACUUGUGACCGACUUUACUUCAGUAUUGUGACAUAUUUUAAGAGUCAAUAUAGUAAUGUGCGCUAACAAAGUAAAUAGGGUCAAUUUUGAUUUUAUGAUGAUUUUAAAACACCAGGGGCCUUAUUUAUAAAAUGUUGCGCAGAAACCAUCCUAAAUUUGAUCUUACGAUAAUUUCUCAGAUGUGCGUACGUGUGAUUCAUAGAAUGAAUAAACGUACACACAGAAAAUGAGUGUACGCCUUUCUUUUUGAUGUGAAAUCUAUGAAUCGUAAAUUAUCUUGAACUUGCGCGCAGCUGAAUGGUUUCAGUUCUCCGUGUUUUAAAUGACACUUAAUUAAUGUCAUUUACAUAUAAAAGAUCACCAGUCAUCAUCCAAAUCCUUUAAUUUAGAAUGGCGAGCUGCAAGAAUAGCUUAGAUUUCAAAAAACCUGCAGUAAUCUGACAAGGAAAAGUGCGUACGUCUUCUCAGAACCUGACGUGGUGCUAAGCACUUUUACAUGUCAAAGAUCGUUUUUAUAAAUAUGAGCAUUGGCGUGGAUUUAAGCAUACGCAUACUCUAAGAUCAAAUCUGUGCGUACGCAUGCUUUAUAAAUGAGCCCCCAGAUGUAAACGUGAAUGUCUCCCUCGUCUACUUGUGGUCCAGUCGACCAAAACGCAUCUUACUACCAGGUGUAAACAUGGCCUUAUAGUCAUUUGACCCUUUGAAACCCCCCAAAAAACUAAGACUUUUCCUUUAAGAAAGGCACAUUAAGUCAUAUUACAAAAAAAAAAGUUUUAUUGACAAAUAUAGAGUGCUGCAGGAGUCCUAAAACCAAGUAACAAGUUAGCAUUUUUGCAUUUCAGGUUCCAUCAUCCCCAAAUCAAUGUUUUUUAAUGGGUUUUUGGUUACAUGCCUGAAAUAAGGUCUGUGGUUAACAAGAUAUUUUGACAUUCUAUUGUACAAUCUAAAAUAUAUCAGUAAUACCACAAAUUAAAUGCGGUUGCUAAAUGGGACUACAGAGGUUUCCAGGGACAUUAAAGGCCUCUUCACAUCAAGGAUGAUAACUAGAAUGUUUUAAUAAUCUUUCUAAUUCUGUAACAGUAGGGAAGUACACACCACAAUUACAAUGACACAGAGGAAUGAGACCAAUGGAAUUACUUUUCAGAAUUUUCCAACCAUUGUCUAGCCCUAUUAAUUAAACCCUUACCCUAAUGAUUAAACAUUUUACAUUAUAGCUUUUUUUGCCUUUUACUUAUUUUAUAGAAAUGUCUGCUGUCAGCAACAGACAUCCAAUCUUUCACAAUCAAUUUUUUUACAGCUCUCUCUCAUUAAACGAUCAUGCUUCACUAGUGUGUGGAGUUUACUGCUGUAGACAUGUCUGUUACUCAUAUUGCCAGUACUUAGUUGACGCAUUCUAAAAACUCAUUUUGUGCCAUCUUAAUUUUUACCUGAAUAGUUUGCUUUGUUUUCAGUAUACAAACAUAUUUUAGCACAGAGAAACGGCAGGUGAUGUAGGAUUACAAGAGCUUAACGAAAGCAAAAUCGAAACGUCGACCUCUUAAUAUGAGCAAUAGUCUACAACUGUGAUACUGUGAUGCUACUCAAUGUCGGUGUCCAUGUGAACACUCAAUUUCUGAUUGGCCUGUCCUCCACUGAAGUUGACAAUAGUGACGUCAUUCUGGAAGGGCGGGAAGGUCAGGACUUGAACGGGACAGAUGAAGCCAGUGCACCUAUUGUACAAUUAUUUAGAACCUGUCAUACAGUAUAGUUGAACGAAAACAGUGAUGAGUUUCCCCUCUGGUGGCCAACGAUUUGUAAUUGUUGUGCAGUGGUGACAUGCUGUAAUUUUCUAAACAUCAUAAGAGUCAGUGGAGGUUUGACUGAAGAAGGCCUUGAUAUGCAAUUACGCUGUCAGUGGUCUGUUGAUUUCAAGAUGAUGCUCAGCAUGGGUUGUCACAGGUUUUUACUGAAGUCAGCUUUGAUAUAUUUUAGAUCUCACGUGUGUCAUUGUCAUUUUGUAUCUUUCAUUUCUCUUUGAUCUUAUAAAAUGAUAUUUCUCUUCUAAAAUCUGUCCCAUACCUUUAUUUGUUCUAUCUACCCUGAGACUUUGAGAUGUUAUUUGUUUUUCUGUCUUUGAUUUCGUAUAAAAGUUGAAAAAGCGCAAACUGGUAAGGAUCUAAAACAAAAAGAGUGAUAAGUAAUGUUUCAUGUAGGUCUGAAAAAUGGUUUUUAUAGCAUUCAUGUAUACUAAAACCGCAACUAGAUACUGUGUUACACAAUUCAAAGCAAUUUUUUUAAAAUAGUGCUUCACUAUUGCCUUUGGUGUUCGGUGUCUGUUGAUUUCCUCAUUCUCUCAGAUGUUCUUCUCAGUGUGGUUGACUGUGAACCUGUGAAUACACUGAGGACUGGCCUCUCUUCACUUUAACCUCUGUAUUCUUCAAAUGACUUUCAUGCUUUCAAAAUAAACACAUCCUGAAUGAUCA